UUCCUGUUCUUUUGUUCCUGAUUUUCUUUUUAACUGACAAACAAAGAUGUAGGAGGAGUUACCCGAGAGUCCAUGGGAGGAGUUACUACAACCGUCUUCCACUCAAAGUACAAAAAGUGUCUGUAAAACUGGCACAAAGGAGAAGCACAGACCUGUGGGGUGAUCAGGGCUCAGCCAAAGCUCCCAGUCCUGUUGGAGGAGGAACUAGAGACACGCUGAAGCAUCUAUUAAAGAGGAAAGAGAAAGGAAAUGAAUGGGUUUAAGAACAAUGUGAAGAACAAUCACAUUGCUUCAGAGAGAGAAAGCCGAGGGAUCUGCUCAAGAUUCGGUUCUGCUGUUUGGAGGAAGCAUGACGGCGUGUGGUCAGCACUUGGAGAGGUGGGAAGCAUGUGACAUCGUUGCUGCUGCCUUGGAGCUGAAACAAACAAAAACACAAGAGUGAGAUCUUCUCCUCGUCUAAAGGACACCUCCCUGAUGGAACCAGAACAAACCCCCAACUGGAUUUAGGCUCUUCUGAUAAUAACAGAGCAGCGUGGACUGAUUCAUCUGGGUGAGUAAAAGUCAGCCUGUCUGUGGUGGGGUGCAGCCUGGUGAGGAGCAACUGUGCAGGGGGAGGGGAAGAAGCUCCAGCCUGGAUUGUUUAAAUGAGCUUUAACCCCCAAAUAAGCACCGAGGUGUGGGAAGUAAAUGACAUCAGCCACGUGCAGCUGCCGCCCUCCGCUCGUGUGAGCAGAUGUGUUGACGAGAAUCAUCAUGGGCCUGCGUACGUUUGCGCUGGAUUGCUCCGCUCUCUUCAUGGCCAGCUGAUUGUGCAGAAGGAGACUUUUAUCGUUAUUCUGUAGAGGACACCGCUGUCUCUUUGUCUCAUGAUGUCCACCCCCUCGCCAGUCAACUUCACAGCAAACUGCACCAAGCAUGAUGAUUUCAAAUACCCCCUGUACAGCACCGUCUUCAGCAUCGUCUUCAUCAUCGGGCUCAUCACCAACGUCGUGGCCAUCUACAUCUUCACCUGCUCGCUGAAGCUGAGGAACGAGACCACCACCUACAUGAUGAACCUGGUGGUGUCCGACCUGCUGUUUGUCUUCACGCUGCCGCUGAGGGUGUUCUACUUCAUCAACGUGAACUGGCCUUUCGGCGCGCCGCUCUGCAAAAUCUCCGUCUCGCUCUUCUACACCAACAUGUACGGCAGCAUACUCUUCCUCACGUGCAUCAGCGUGGACCGCUUCCUGGCGAUCGUGCACCCUUUUCGCUCAAGGAUGCUCAGGACCAAGCGCAAUGCCAGAAUAGUGUGUGCGGCCGUGUGGGUGCUGGUGCUGUCGGGAAGCCUCCCUACUGGGUUCAUGCUGAACAGCACCACCAGUAACAAAAAGGACAACAACACGUUCUGUUUCGAGAACUUUUCAUCCAAUCAGUGGAAAUCCCACCUGUCUAAAGUGGUGAUCUUCAUCGAGACCGUUGGUUUCUUCAUUCCUCUGCUGCUGAAUCUUUUCUGCUCCAUCAAGGUGUUGCAGACUCUGAGGCGGCCCAAAACCAUCAGCCGUGGGGGGAAGGUAAACAAAAAAAAGAUCCUGCGCAUGAUAUUUGUGCACCUCUUCAUUUUUUGCUUCUGCUUCAUCCCGUACAACGUGAACUUGGUGUUUUACGCUCUGGUUCGCACCAAAACUCUAAAGGGCUGCUUUGCAGAGUCUGUGGUUCGGACCAUCUACCCUAUAGCCCUUUGCAUCGCCGUGUCCAACUGCUGCUUCGAUCCCAUCAUCUACUACUUCACCUCGGAGACCAUCCAGAAUUCCAUCAAGAGGAAAUCUCCAUCCGACUGCUCUUACGACGUCAAGUUCUCAGAGGCUGUUCAGUCAGAAAUCCCGUCCCACCUGCAGUUGAACUUCAGGACCCUGAAAGCGAAGGUCUUGCACCGCGAGUCUUCGGUGUGACACCCAAACGGUGCCACUUCCAAAUCAACACAGAACAAAGAAGAUGGACCUCUUGGAGCGCUUUGUGUUAUUUUUGGUUUCACCUCAGGGGAAAUAUUCAAACGUUUGCAGGAUUAUCACACCUGUGGAUCUGUGGAGACUACUUAUUGACUCCUCUUAACUGUUACUGUGUUAAACACAAUUCCUGAACUUGAUCACUGGACAGUUAUAAGAUGCGUGUGCCUGCAUCUGUGUGUGUGGUCAGCUGUCGUGCAAACCUUAGAGUAUUAUCUGUUAAAUUAACAUAAAGUUUGUUAAAAUAUUCACGUGGAAGGCUUCUUUUUUGAGUUGUACAAUCCAAACGUGCCAUCCUGUGAUUCACGAUUAUAAAUGUUCAGUUUUGUAAUGGUGAAUCACAGAAUUAACCAUUUUCUUUAGUCUUAAAUGCACUGACAGAGUUCCUCACCAUGCACUCACAGCAUUGCUAUAAAUAAAAGCCAUAUGAUGUCCAGCUUUUGUCAUUUAAACACAUUUUUGUUUUCAAUGUUGGAUAUUAAAUUAUUAUACAUUUGAACUCAGAUGAAUUUAAAAAACAUUGAAUUUUGGUUUAUUUCUCAGAUUUCUUUGAGCAUUUUCUUUUUGCAAACAUCUGGAAGAAGCUGCUACUUAGCAUGUUUUUAUGAUAAUCACGAUGAUAAUGCUAAUGGGUUAGGUCGUUAAAGUACUUUUCAGUGAAGCCAUUAUUCGUAAACACGCGCCAACCACAACCUGGGGUGAGCUAUGCUCAAUUCGUUCUCUGAUGUCUCUGCAACACGAGUCGAGCAGGAAGGGAAAAAGUUUUAGCUUCCUGUUUGGUUAUCUAGCUAAGGAUAGAAAACCAAUGUCAACAUGCUCAUGGGCUUGACGUGUUUUUCUGGAUUUUCUAUGAGAAAAACCAAAACAAACAUCAAAAAGAACAAAACUGGACUCAAAAGUGACUAACUGGGAAUAAUGAAUCAAUUAGCAAAUGCAAAAACAAAGAAAAGAGAGUUUGACAUUGAAUCCUCCUGGAAUCUUGUAUUUCCUUUUCUGAGAUGAGGACACGGUGUCUGUGAUUUCAUCAGGUGAGGCUGCAACACUUGGCCUGACUAGUUUGAUCUGCAGAGGUGUGACCAGGUCACUGCUUUGCAAGUCACAAGUAAGUCACAAGUCUUUCCAGUCAAGUCUCGAGUCAAGUCCAAAUCAAAUACAACCAAGUCCAAGUCAAGUCUAAAGUCAAUGAUAUGGAAGUCUAAGUCAACUCCAAGUCCUUAACUUUGAAUUUUCCAGUCAUAAUCAAGUCAUCUGUCCAACUUCAAUUUAAUGACAAUGAUCAUAAAUAAAUUCCAGAAUAAAAGCUUCUUAAAGCUUCAUUUAUUUGCUCAAACAAGCAGGAAGUGCAACUGAAACCGAUUAUAAACAAAGUGCUGCUGCAUUUAGCAGUAAAUGAAACCCAGAACCAAGAAAGAUUUAUGAUUUUUGUCCAUGUCGAGCCACUUUUGUGCUGAAAUAUCAAAUAUGCAUAAGUCAUCAUCAAGUCAACAGAUGCAAGUCGAUUCAAGUCACAAGUCAUUGGCGUUCAAAUCCGAGUCAAGUUUUAAGUCUUUCUAGAUUUUAUCAAGUCAAGUCAGAACUCAUUAACCCUCUCAGGCUCAAAAUAAGUCCUUCAGGGUACUUCUGAGUUAAAAAUGCUCAUGAAAUACGUGUGUGGAGUAACCAGGCAGGUAGGUUUUAACUGUUGCACAUCUGCAACGCCUGCCUCCAGAGGGUUAAACUAAUGACUCACAAGUCAUGUGACUCCAGUCCACACCUCUGUCGAUCUGUACAACCAUUGAAUUACUUAGGACGACUCAACCAAUAAUUAAAUGAUCAAUGAAAACACUAUGUCCUAUGUUUAUACACAUUUUCAUUGGAACAUGUCACAAAUGGGGAUUUUUUUUUCAUCGUUUUGUGAGCUCAAAGUGAAAUUCUGUCAUAGACUGACUGUUAAAAGCGAACACCCUCAUGAGUAGCAAGUUCAGACAAAUUACUUUUCUUUGUAACUGCAGGUCGUGUUGUAUCAUCUCAAACCUUUCUGGAUCAGAUUCAUCACAACAAAACAAACAGUGCAUUAAAUCUGUCACCUGGUGACUGUAGGAUCACUAUUUCUGCUUUUUCUCUUUAAUGCAGAGCCCUUGUUUUUGUUUAAAUUCACAGUAAGCCAAUAAUAAUGCAGAAUUUAUUAAACAGCGAUGUAAUGAGUGGUUUUACCUGAGGUUAUUUAGUCUGAUUGCAUCUUAUUAUUGUUUAUUGUUUAAGCUUGACUUAAACUUUGAUAAAAAUUUCAAGUUAUCAUAAGCAGCACAUGCAAAGAUUUUCCCAAAAGUGAGUUUCUGGAAAAAAAAAAAAGAGCUUCUUUUAAAAGUACAUUUAUAUUAGUGGCAAAAGAACAAAGAGUGGAGAUUAUGGAAAGCUAAAGUGGGAUAAAACUCCAAACCCUAAAAGUACACAACUGUUUCCUUUAAAGGACAAAAAAUGUGUUUUGUGUUUGUCAUGCUCAGGUGAUGGUAUCAGUGAGGGAUCAACACAUGAAAGGGAAUAACAGAACGCACAUGGUGCUCAAACUUUGUUAACGUAGCCUGAAGGGCCGGUCGCCGGUGCUUUUACAGACCUGGGCUGUUGUGAAAACCAAUUUAAACUAAAGGAAGCCUGAACCCAGACAUCAGCAACUCUCAAAAGGUCAGACAGCUGAAUUCUGGGUUCAAAUGAUCCAAUCUGUCCACCAGGUGUUCAUCUAUUGUCUCCAUGAGGACAGGAACAGGAAGAGAUGCAGGAAGUCACACCUUCAAUGCACUUGAGAUAACCACAGUGUUAUUAUAAACGACUUUUAUUACUUUAGUAUUACAAAUGAACUAAAAUAAACCAAAAUGUUGGUGUUUGUCUCUUUAAGAUGAUUGCUGCAGACAUGAAGUCGCUGCAUUUUUCUCUCUGUUGGGGACAGUUAUCUAAUCAGCUUGACCUUUUUGUCCCUGCAGGAUGAGAAAAAACAGGCGCAUCCCAGUUUUGUAAUUAUUUACAUUCUGUUCUGCGGUGCUCCGAUAAAAACUGAGGAAUUUGGUUUUUGCUUUUUAAAAUUUCAUUCAAAACAUUCUGACUGCAUUUUUGAAAUUCAUGUUUUUUUCACCAUCAGCUGUUUUUUUGUGCACACAGACACUCCUCUGCUGUGAUCCUCUGAGGUUUUGAAGCAGGAAUAAUGUUUUGGCUGACAAGCUGUCAUCAAGGUCAUCUCCUUACAUUCCACCCUGAAAAGCUUUGCCAGGACAAAUAAACAAGUCUGGAACACGA